AUGGAAGAGCACAUGUGUGAAAAUUUUAAUUUUUUAUGGGAGGAUUUUCCCGAUACAUUGAGUAAUGGAAACUAUCAAUUUAAACAUGACGAUAUAAAUAAUAAAUAUUGUGAAGAUGAUAUUGAUAAUUGUGAGACUGAUCUCGAUAAAAUUAAUGCUGGAUGUUUCGUUUUGUUUGAAAUGUUUUUUUCGAAAUCUGAUUCGUUUACGAAAUAUGCAAAAAAUAACAUCAAUAUUGCUGGAUACAUUUUGGCAUGGUUAAGUUAUAUGUUAAGUUUAAAGCAAAAUGAUGAAAUCAGGAAGCUACAAGAUUUUUAUGAUAAAUAUAUAAAGAAUAAAGAUGUGUAUAAUAAGAAAUUAACAGAUGUUAGUGGUUAUGAUAGUUAUAUGGAUCUUAUAGAUAAAUAUAAGGAAUUGAUGACUAUUAAUAUUAGCAGUAUGCCUAAUUUUUAUGGUCCAUUAAAAUCGUUAUGUGACAUGUAUACUGAAUGUAUUAGAAGCAAGUCAGAUUGCACAAAUUGCUUGGAAAAGGCCAAAGAUUUUGAUAGCAAAUAUAGAGAACUUAAUGGUUCUGAUAUUAAAGGAAACAAUUCAUAUAUGAAUAUAUUGUAUAGUUUAUCAACUGAUUAUAAUAAUUUAAAAAAAAAUAUUUUUGAAAAAUGCAGUGAUUCCAUCAAUAUUUCAUCCUUUCCAGAGAUAAAACCACCAGAAGGUCCUUUCGAAAUUUUUGAAGUUACAUCAUCAAGUUCGUCGAUAGCAAGCAAAUUAAUCCCAGUUUUAUUGAUAUUUUUUGCAAUACCAGUUUUCUUGGGAAUUGCUUAUAAGUAUUCGUUAUUUGGGUUUGAUAAACGACUUCAUAGACAAUGUUUAAGGGAAAAAUUAAAAAAAGUAAAGAAGAAAAUGAAUCAUUAUAUAUGA